AUGGCUCCGUCUGUCGGUCUGUGGCUGUGUCUGAUCCUGCAGCUGCUGUUCACGGAUGCAAAGAGCGUUGGGAAACACGACGGCCAGCGCGACGCCCUUGGCGAACCCUCGUCCCGCCUCAAACUGGAUCCCCUUUGGAUCACCGAGCACCUCAGGGGCCAAGAUGGCACCUAUGCCCCAAACCAGAGCCCCCCCCUCCCUGAAAUGCUGGAUCUAGACCUGGACCUGCACCGCCGGCAGGCCCGAGGCGCAGACGAGGAGGAGCAGCAGUCCACAUUCAGCCAGUCCUUUGAGAACGAUUCAGUGACGACGCCGCACGCCACCGAGUUCGACAACGGAACAAAAGUGGGGCACGAUGACGAUCAUAAUGUCAACCUUCAUGGAAACGACUCCAGCUCGGACCACGACGCCCCAGGUCUCUUCAACCCCUUCUACCCGCUGGCGGACAGCUCGUACUCGGCCUACGCGGUCCUGUUCCUGGCCGGCCUGGUGCUGGCGGUGGGCGUGGUUGGAAACAUGGCGGUCAUGUGUGUCGUCUGGAACAACUACUACAUGAGGUCCUCCUGGAACUACCUGCUGGCCAGCAUGGCAUUCUGGGACUUCCUGGUCCUGGUGCUCUGCCUUCCCGUGGUGGUCCUCAACCAGCUCUCCCAUAGGAGGAUCCUGGGUGACAUCACCUGCCGCAUGGUGCCUUAUAUGGAGGCCGUGUCUCUGGGCAUCACCUCCUUCACUCUGUGCGCUCUGGGUAUCGACCGAUUCCACUCUGCCACCUCCUCGUCCGAGCCGAAGGCCCGGCGGGUGGAGCGCUGCCGCUCGGUGCUGCUGAAGCUGCUGGUGGUGUGGCUCGCCGCUCUGCUGCUGUCCAGCCCCGAAGUCUUCCUGUGGCAGCUGAGCCAGGCCGUGUCCCCGUCCACCGGCCGGCUGGUCGACUCCUGCACCAUCACCCCCUCCUCCCCUCUCUCCCUCUACCUGCCCGACUCCCUCCACUCUCUGUUGCUCAGGUACCACCAGGGUCGCAUGUGGUGGUGUUUCGGCUGCUACUUCUGCCUCCCCAUCCUCUUCACCAUCCUCUGCCAAAUGGCCACCCGCAACGUCAACAGCGACUCCAACUCUGCCCAGAAGCAGCGUACCCAUGACGACCGCUCCUCCAAUCAGAAACGCCAGCAGCACCAGGCGGUGGAGCGGCAGCUGAACUGCACACUGUUAGCGCUGGCCGUGGUCUACGGCGUCUGCGCUCUGCCCGAACACGUGUGCAACAUCACGUUGGCCUACACGCACAUCGACAUCUCUGAGGACACGGCCGCCAUGCUGGCACUGUUGCAUCACUUCCUCUUGUUCUUCAAGUCAUCGGUGACGCCGGUGCUGCUGCUGUGUCUGUGUAAGGCUCUCGGUCAGGCCUUCAUGGACUGCUGCUGCUGCUGCUGUCAGGAGUGUCAGCCAACCACGACUCAAGACUCGCCAGGCUCCGCCCAGGUCAAACUGAAGGCAGCCAAUGAGACGUCCAUCUUAUUCGACAAGGCUAAAGACACGUCGGCCAUUUUGUCCAUCUCCAGCUAGAGCCAUUGAUCCCUCCUUAACUAUAAAUCCACCACUUCCUCCUCCAUAAAUCAAUCCCGUCCAUUCAUUCCUCUAUUCUACCCUUCAACAUUGUUUCUCUUCCAUCCUUAGUUUUCGUAAACAUCAGUUUCCUUUCUCUUCCCUCCAAUGUUACUGUGAAUCAAUUCUCUCUUUCUGCAUAUUUGUUCCAUCCAUUUUUCUCUCUCUUUCAGAACACUUGUGGAUCAGUGAUCAUCUUUAAUUCUUUCUGUCGUCUCCUCUUCCAGAGUACCAUUUGUAUGAUAUCCCUCUAUGGACACUGUGUUACCUGCUCCAUCUUCCUCUCUGUGCAGGAAGUGAUGCUUAAUCUGUAGUGAGAUUUUAAAAAAUGCUGUACUUGCACAACCAGCUGUUUGUAAAAGCAGGAGCCUGUUUCAGGACUCUCCGAAUGGACUCUUCCCUCCAACUUCCCGCUGUAAUAACACAUGAUGUGUGCCUGAUGAUGCCUGAACAACAUGGAGGUCUUCUUUGGUUGGUCUGAAGCUGAAUUUUCUAAUGUUUCUGGGGAAAGUAGCAGAUACCUAAAGCCUAAAUUAGGGCAGCAGGUUAAAUCCUUUACAGUAGCUUGGUGGAGAACAUG